GUUGCACACGGAAGUGUUGAUCACGUGACACGGUUCCAGCGUAAAUAUUUUUCUCCUCACAGCGAAUGAACCCCGACCCCGCAGUUUUAGCCGCAUGAAUGAGUGUUAGACUUAACUUUUCCUUAGUUUAAACUACGUAGAUUUUUGCCUAGUACCCCCAGCACGUUAGAAUAUUGAAACUAAGCAGGAAAAAUGAACGUGGAUCAUCCUCAAACCGGACAGACUGGAGCAGCCGCCGCAUCCAUCACAUCUACAUCCAGCAGCAACUGCGUCCCGAACAGCAGCUCCACACACGCCAGCAGCAUCCCUGCGGUGGGCAGCAGUAAUGUUCCCACUUCGGCUGCCAUGGCAACCCCAUCAUCCGACUCCACCGUGUCAAACGGGGUGUAUGUGCCCACAGGGAUCGCCAAUGGAGAUGUGAAACCCGUUAUCUCAACUACACCACUGGCCGAUUUCCUGAUGCAGUUGGAGGACUACACUCCUACAAUCCCAGACGCAGUCACAGGAUAUUACCUCAACCGAGCUGGUUUUGAAGCAUCAGAUCCAAGAAUAAUCCGUCUCAUAUCCCUGGCGUCACAGAAGUUCAUCUCAGAUAUUGCAAACGAUGCGCUACAGCACUGCAAAAUGAAGGGCACGGCAUCCGGAAGCUCUCGAAACAAGGCCAAGGACAAGAAAUACACGCUGACAAUGGAAGAUCUGACACCGGCCCUGACAGAGUAUGGCAUAAAUGUCAAGAAACCUCACUACUUCAUCUGAGGGGACGUGCCUCAUUCAAAUGGACUGCUGGAAAUGUGCCGUUUGUCACAUCAGAGCUUUCAAGACAUUAUCCCUCAGUGUGGGAAUCAUCAGCCCAGAGUUUUUAGGGAUUUAGUGACUUUUUUGUAUUUUCUUUAAUCGUGUUUGAUUACACCACACCAUGCGACUUUAGUUAAUGUCAGUAAAAUGCUGUAUAAAUAAAUUCAUUGUAAUUAAGUUCCUCCUUUUGUUUGUGUAAUUGCAUGUCUUCUGUUACUGAAGCCUACUGGGAUCAGUUAUUGUAGAAGUUAGUCUUCUUCAUUUAACUACUGUAGGGAGUUUACAUUUGUGAUGUCAGUUCAUACACUGUCUAAACUUCUCGUCUCUGCUUUAUGGAUUUAGUUUCACGCCAUAAGAGGCUUGAGCUGUAACGUGUGGCAGUAUUAAUAGUAUCUGGAGCUGCUCUCAAGUUUCCCUGUCUGCGGUGUAGUACAGCUGCACACUCAUCACUCCAUCCGUCUAGAGCAAACAUGAUAUAAAUAAUAAUACAAAAAAUACUAACCUUUGCUUUUUGCUAUUUGCAGUUGCUUUUAACUGUAUGUGCUCACUGGCAAAUGUAAUGCAGCUGCAAGCUCAAUAGGGUGACAGUGCAGUUAUAUUAUGAUGAUUCAAGAUAUUCAGUGAAAUAAAAAACAAAAGCAAUGAGA